CCUUGGUUGAGGCGCAAGCCCUAAGCGGCGUCGAUGCUCUAGCAGUCACUACGACUAGCUCGGAAUGCUUCUUUAAUAUUUCCUUUGCCUUCGAAUGACGGCUCGCUUUUGUUAAGUCGCUCCUUGGCAUAUGCGCAUGCGAGGCGUACGGAUGCUUCUGAAUGCAGCUUGCAAGGUGGCCUGCAUGGGGAAGUAGGUGUACGGGGGGUAGCAAAGGAGAAGCACCUACCUAUUUAUAUAAUAUGUAGGCCAAAUAUCUCCCUCCUUUUCACACACUCACAUCCUUCGAGUUUCCUCUGCAACCAAUUGUACAUCAGGCCCCGGUCCAUUCUCGCACUCUCCUCUGUCUUGACCCCUGCUUAUCUAGGCAAUUGAUCAUGUCGGCUACUGCUACCACGACCACAUCUGACCCCCAAGUCAUCCUCGAAAACGAUGUCAACCACAUACCCCGAGGCGAUGUAGAAGCCCCGAUGCAGUUUUUCGAGUAUCCUGAAGAUGGAUCGGAGCCAUAUAAUCUCAUGGAGGGCCAUCUCAAGGGCGGAACACAGCCCAACUACCCUCUAAGAACACGCACCAUCUCCAUAACCGACAUCCGCGGUAAAGAGUCUGAAUACUCGCUUGCAAAACAUGGCUUCCAGGGCGUAUCGAACGUGCCCUCGGCCGCGGAUCCGUCGUUCUGUGACGAGGAAAACAUCAAGUCAGUCUGGUAUCCAGAAGUCGAGGAAUUCGUCGGCGAGCUAUUCCCCGAGGCCAAACGCAUAUUUAUCUUCAACCACAUUGUCCGCCGCUCUCAGCCUGGCGCGGAACACUCCCCGCUAAUCAGCGCCCACAUCGAUCAAACCCUCACAUCAACGAAGGAAGCGAUAGGCCUCUUCUUCCCGCCUGAGGAAGUAGCAGAGCUUCUCAAGGACCGAUACCGGGUGCUCAACAUCUGGAGACCGAUAAACGGUACGGUUCAGUCAUACCCACUCGCCGUCGCUAUGCCGUCAUCGGUCCCGGAUGAUGACCUGGUGCGCAUCGAGCUGCGGUAUCCCCGGCAUAAGAGCGAGACGCAGAUGCUGAAGUACAGCCCAGCCCACAAAUGGUAUUAUUGGUCUGGCAUGACCAACGAGGAUAGACUAGCCUUCAUGAUCAUGGACAGUAAGGAGGACGCAGUAGCCAGGCGGACAGCCCAUGCUUCCUUUGCUGACCCCCGGACCCCGGCUGGCGCAAAGCCCCGUGAGAGCAUUGAGACUCGAGUGUUUGUCUUCGGCUAG